UAAUUGGGUUUAUACUAAGCCCAUAUAUAACACUGUCACUACUACAAAACCCUAUAUAUUCACAAACUUGCCGCUGAGAAAAAACCUUUUUGCAUUUCCACACAGACUCACUUCCUCCUCCCUCGCUGAUAUGGGUGAAGAGGUGAAAUCUGUCGUUGUUCCAGAGUCUGUAUUGAAGAAGCAGAAGAGGGAAGAUGAAUGGGCUUUAGCUAAAAAGCAAGAUUUUGAAGCUGCCAAGAAGAAAAGAGCAGAGAAUCGUAAAUUGAUCUAUAGCAGAACUAAACAGUAUUCUCAGGAGUAUGAGCAACAGGAUAAGGAGUUGAUUCGAUUGAAACGAGAAGCAAAGCUAAGAGGUGGAUUUUAUGUUGAUCCAGAGGCUAAGCUCUUGUUUAUUAUUCGCAUUCGUGGUAUUAAUGCCAUGGACCCCAAGACAAGAAAGAUCCUGCAACUAUUUCGAUUGAGACAAGUUUUCAAUGGUGUUUUCCUUAAAGUUAACAAAGCAACAAUGAACAUGUUGCACAGGGUUGAGCCUUAUGUUACUUAUGGGUACCCUAAUUUGAAGAGUGUAAGGGAACUCAUUUAUAAGAGAGGUUAUGGAAAGCUAGACAGGCAGCGUACUCCUCUCACCGACAACUCCAUUAUUGAGCAGGGACUGGGAAAGCAUGGUAUCCUAUGCAUUGAAGAUCUUAUCCACGAGAUUUUGACUGUUGGACCGCAUUUUAAGGAGGCAAAUAACUUCCUCUGGCCAUUCAAGCUCAAGGCUCCUUUGGGAGGCUUAAAGAAGAAGAGGAACCACUAUGUUGAAGGAGGCGAUGCUGGUAAUCGGGAGAAUUACAUCAAUGAGCUCAUCAGGAGAAUGAAUUAAACUGUUGCAGUGUUUAAUCAUUUAUUAGGGCAAUCAGUAUAUCUUUUUUGGUUUUAGAUCAAAAGAUCAUUUGCGUAUCUGAAAUUUUGGAAAUAGCACAAUCGACUUUUAUACAUUGUUUUGCUAAUUUUGAAUUUUGUUGUCAUUUUAUGAGACUCUUAUAUUUUUAUUUUAAUGAUUAGCAAUCUGUUCGGUGUUUUGUUUGUCA